AUGGCUACCCCUAGUGUCCUAGCUUUUGACGCUGAGGGUCGCGCCAUUGAUUUUGAGGUCUGGUUAGACGACCUGCAGCUGUUCUUACAGUGCGACAGAGCAGACGGCCUUUCUCUCUUUGACCUCACCUCUGGCGCCUCUCCUGCUCCUGCUGCUGAUGCUGAUCCCACUGUCCGCUCUCAGUGGGCCACCCGCGAUGCUGCUGCACGUCUUGCUGUGCGUCGCCACCUCCCUACCUCUGAGCGUGCGCACUUUAGUCAGUACAAGAGUGCUCAGACCUUGUACGACGCUGUAGUUGCGCGCUACUCCUCCCCUGCCACUGCUGCACUGAGCCGUCUCAUGCUUCCCUACCUCUUUCCUGACCUCUCUGCCUUUCCCACUGUCGCUGACCUCAUUACGCACCUCCACACUAGUGACACUCGCUACCGCGCCGCCCUUCAUGCUGAGGACCACUUUCUCGCAGUCUGUCCCACCACCCUCACCGUCGACCUCCUCGAGAAGGCCCUCCUCGCAGCGGAGAAGAGCAUAGUCGCUGUAGGUGCUUCUCGUGGUGACCCUCGCACCCCCAUCUUUGAGGGGUGCUCUCCUUCCCCCUUGCUGCCCUCUGUUGCCUCUGCUGCUGCUGCCGACCUGCUUGGUCUUGAGUCGGUCGGCGCGGCGUCUGCCCCUAGUGGGAGACGUCGCUCUAGCAAGGGCAAGGGGGGCAAGGGCGCGGGUGGAGCUGGAGGGGGCGGUGGCGGUGGCGGCGGAGGCGGCGGAGGGAGUGGGGGUGGCGGCGGGAGUAGUGGCGGGGGUGGUGGUGGUGGUGGUAGCAGCGGCGGAGACGGUGGUGGUGGUGGCAGCGGUGGUGGAGGUGGCAGCGGCGGAGGUGGAGGCGGCGGAGGUGGAGGCGGUGGAGGCGGCAGCGGAGGAGGCAGUGGUGGUGGAGGGGGCGGAGCUGGUCGGGGUGGUACCCAGCAGCGUAGCGGCGGUGGUGGUGGCCAGCGCUCGCAGCGGCAGCAGCAGCAGCGCUCGCGGGACAUCCCUCCGCCUCAGCAGCUUCGUGAGUGGUACACUGGGCGUCAGAGGGGUGGGGGUACUGGUCCCUACACCUACGUUCUUCGUUCCGGCGACCGCGCGGCGAUCUUUGAUCUUGAUUUUGGUACUGCUGCGCUAGGUGCUUGUGAGGCUGCUGCUCUAGGUGCCAGUGCGUCUGCGCUCUCAGGUACUGGUGAGACUGCGCUCUCAGGUACUGCGUCGCCCUCCUCCUCCCUCACUUUCACACUUGACUCCGGGGCUUCUCGCUCCUUCUUUCAAGACCGCACCACUCUCACGCCGCUUGGUCGGCCGGUUGCCGUCUCCCUGGCUGACCCCUCUGGGGGUCCUGUCCUCUCUCACUUCUCCACUGUCCUCCCGUGUCCGGCUGCCCCUUCGGGCACCCUGUCUGGACUGGACCUUCCCUCGUUCUCUACGAACUUGGUGAGUGGUGCGGACCUGCAGGAUGCGGGGGUUCACCAGUUCACUCCUGCGAGUCAGCGGGUGACCCACUGCACGGACGCACGCACAGGCCGGCACCUGGCCACGUUCUCACGUCGGCCGGGGUCGAGCCUCUACACCCUGACCACUGCGUCUCCUCCUGUCCCUGCGUCUAGUCAGGUAGCUGCGUCAGGUCAGGUGCUUGCUGCUACGUCCCGGUCAGGUCCUGAGUCUGCCCCCUGUUCUUGUCGCCUCCUGUCUCACGAGACUCUCCUGUGGCACCACCGUCUUGGCCACCCGUCCUUGCCCCGUCUUCGGAGCAUGGCUUCCCGUGUCCUUGUCUCUGGUCUGCCCCGGUCUCUCCCUUCCCUUCCCUCCGGGCCAGGACCUUCCUGUGUCCCCUGUGUCGAGGGUCGCCUCCGGGCUACUCCUCACUCCUCCCAGUUCCCCCCGACAGAGGCUCCUCUGCAGAUGCUUCACAUGGAUGUGUGGGGCCCAGCCCCCGUCCGUGGGCAGGGUCACGAGCGCUACUUCCUGUUGGUGGUUGACGACUACUCGCGGUACACCACAGUCCUCCCCUUGCGCAGCAAGGGUGCUGUCACUGAGGUGCUGAUCGACUGGAUCAGCGCGGCUCGUCUCCAGCUCAGGCAGAGCUUUGGCUCGGACUUUCCUGUUCUGCGUCUGCACUCGGACAGAGGCGGAGAGUUGUCCUCUCGCCUUCUGCGAGACUACUGUCGUGCACGGGGGAUCCGCCAGACCUUCACGCUUCCGGACUCUCCACAGCAAAAUGGGAUUGCUGAGCGCCGCAUUGGCAUGGUCAUGGAUGUCGCUCGUACGUCCAUGAUGCAUGCGGCUGCCCCCCGUUUUCUGUGGCCGUUUGCGGUGCGGUAUGCGGCGCAUCAGCUCAACCUUCACCCCAGGGUCUCUCGGCCCGCGAUGUCCCCAGUCUUACUGUGGACGGGGAAGGUUGGCGAUGCGUCGGCGUUCCGUGUCUGGGGAUCUCGGUUUUACCACCCCUCCUCUCGUCGUGUUCUGUCCUCCCAGGACGUCACGUUCGACGAGUCAGUCCCCUUCUACCGCCUCUUCCCCUACCGCACUCCUUCCCUCCCCCCUCCACCGGACUUCCUUGUCCCGACGCAGUUGACCCGGUCGAGGUUACUGGUGACUCUGGUGCUGCUGCGGGAGGGUGCUGGGCAUGGAGGUGCUGAGCCUGGGGGUGCUGAGCUGGGGGCUGCUGAGCCUGGGGGUGCAGCGUCUGGAGCUGCUGAGCCUGGGGUUUCUCCUGCUGCUGCGUCUCGCCGGGAGCCCCUCUCUCCACAGGAGCUGCGCGAGUGGUUCGCUCGCCGCUGGAGGUGUGCUGCUGAGUCUGGGGGUGCUGCUAGAGCUGGAGCUGGAGCUUCUUCGACCGUCGAGGGUGCGGGUGCUGCUAGUCCCGGAGCUGCUGGACCUGCGGGUCCUCCUGGAGCUGGAGCUGCUGAGGGUGUUGGUGCUGAGACUACUGCUGUUGGUCCUGCCGCUGGAGGUGUGGGUGGCGCUGGUGCUGUCGCUGAGGAUGCUGGUGCUGUCCUUGCUGAGUCUGGAGCUGCUGCGCGGCCUCGGCCGUACUUCGUUCCGCUCUUGCAGCAGGUUCUUGGUCUUUCUCCUUCAGUAGAGGGUCCACAGCCGGUUCGGUCGCAGUCACUAUUGGAGCCGUCCUCUCCACUGCCUGCUCCCUCUCCUUACACUGGUCCUACUGGAGGUCUUGCUGAGCGUCGUGAGCCUGCGUCCCGUCCCGCGUCGCCUGUUCGUGCUGCUCGUGCUAGUGGUCGCAGUUCGCGUCAGCGUCCUCCUCCUGUCCCUGGCACGCACCGGAUGUCUCUGCUCGGACUCUCUUCGUGCUGCCAGUCCUACUGUCACGCGUCUCUUGCUACUGUCGUCACUGACCCCUCUUUUGAGUCCACUGCUGCGUCUGCUCUUGUCGCUGAGCUCGUCGACUUUGCUGCUCGCUGUCGUCUAGACUACGCUGCUAGUCUUGUUGCUGAGUCUGCGUCUGUCUGUCCUCCGUCCGUCGGGGGUGAGUGUGCUCUUGGCACGGACGUCCUAGAGGACAGGCAGGAGGAGUUACAGUGUCUAGCGGCCGCUUCACCUCAUCUCGCGUCUGUACUGCUUGCUCCUGAGGGAGACCCGGAUGCACUAGACAUCCCGACUCCGCGCUCUUACGCGGAGGCCGUAGAGGGUCCCUACUCCUCUCAGUGGCAGGCAGCUAUGGAUGUAGAGAUGGCUUCCUGGAAGUCCACAGGCACCUGCGUUGACGCAGUUCCCCCUCCUAGGGCGAACAUCGUCAGUGGCAUGUGGAUCUUCAGGGUGAAGCGGCCGCCGGGCUCUCCACCUGUCUUCAAGGCACGGUACGUUGCUCGUGGCUUCAAUCAGCGGCAGGGAGUUGACUACUUUCAGACCUUCUCUCCCACCCCGAAGAUGACCACUCUUCGGGUGCUGCUGCACAUAGCUGCUCAGCGCGACUACGAGCUUCACUCUCUCGACUUCAGCACUGCGUUCCUGCAGGGUAGCCUGCACGAGGAGAUCUGGCUGCGCCGUCCGCCUGGCUUCACUGGGACUUUCCCUCCUGGCACCCAGUGGAGCCUCCGACGGCCAGUCUACGGUCUCCGCCAGGCACCGCGUGAGUGGCACGACACAAUGAGGACUACGCUUGCGGCUCUUGGGUUUUCUCCGUCUACUGCUGACCCGUCGCUGUUUCUGCGCACCGACACUUCACUGCCGCCGUUCUACAUCCUCGUGUACGUCGACGACUUGGUCUUUGCCACAGCGGACACUGCUGGACUCGCCUACGUGAAGUCUGAGCUGCUGAAGAGACACACGUGCACAGACCUGGGUGAACUGCGCAGCUACCUUGGCUUGCAGAUCACUCGGGACAGAGCACGCCGCACCAUUACCUUGACUCAGUCACACAUGGUGCAGCAGGUCCUUCAGCGCUUUGGCUUCACGUACUCCUCGCCUCAGGCCACUCCUCUGCCUACUCGCCACUCACUCUCAGCUCUGCCUUCGGAUGAGUCCGUAGAGUCGAGUGGUCCGUAUGCAGAGCUUGUUGGCUGCCUCAUGUACCUGAUGACCUGCACACGACCUGACCUUGCAUACCCUCUGAGCAUUCUUGCACGCUAUGUUGCUCCUGGGAGACACCGACCAGAGCACAUGGCUGCAGCUAAGAGGGUAUUGCGCUACCUGUGCAGUACGUCGGGCAUGGGGCUAGUGCUUGGAGGGCGGAGUCCAGUGGUCCUUACAGGCCUAGCGGACGCUUCUUGGGCUGACGACCAGGCUACGCAGCGGUCGUCACAGGGUUACACAGGGUUCCGGCUCUGUCUCCUGGCGGUCUACUCGUUCGUCUUCGGUUCUCGGCUCCAGUUGUGA